AUGGCCGCGGCACCGUCUUUCCUUGUCGUAUGCCUGCUAAUAGUGAAUACAAUUAACUGUCUUCCUGCACACUCCCCGGGGACAAAAUUUUCCCCAACACCGACUCAAAAGUUUUCAAAACAUACAGUGCUGGACCCAGAUGGAAAUUUUCAUCUAUUUUGGAAUUUUAAUUCUACUCAUAUAACAUUUGAAGCUCACGUAAAAACACACGGCUAUGUUGGCUUAGGACUCUCUCCUAACGGAAAGAUGUACCCAGCAGACAUCGUCAUUGGAUGGGUAAAGCACGGACGUGUUUUCUUGAAAGACAGACACUCAACCGGACAAUUUGAACCAGUUAUUGAUGCUUCUCAAGACUGGAUUCUUCUUCAUGGAGAAGAAAACCAACAUGGAACUGUUAUCAAAACAGUCCGCAAACUGGACACGUGUGAUGAUGAUGACGUCAAGAUAACGAAUGACACUGUUCUGGUAAUCUACUCCUACAGUGACCACGAACCUGAGCACGAGGGUGAAGGUCUUGUCUAUCACGGGACCCACAGGGGCGCCAAAAGUCUCAUGUUAUUGACCGAGACCAAAACAACCGCCAUGCCUAGUGACGUUAUAUCACGUGAUCUGUUGAAUAACAGGUUCAGCCAUCAAGAACUCAAGAUGCUGGUUCCAGAUUCCCCGUACGUUGAGCCACCAUCUGCACGUCAUAUGUCGAUGGUUUCAAAGAUGACGUCACUUCCAACAACACCUAAUCCAUGUGGUUCUCCUGUACCAUCAGAAAAGUUUGAUUUUCAGGAAAACAUCGAUCCUGAUGGAAAAUACGUACUCUUUUGGAAUGUAAACAAAACACACAUAGUAUUUGAAGCCCAAGUGGAAACUAAGGGUUACAUUGGAUUUGGAUUAUCUCCAAACGGGAAAAUGUAUCCUGCUGACGUCGUAGUAGGGUGGGUUAAAGACGGAGUUCCUCAUUUCAAGGAUAUGCACACUAUUGGUCACUCUAGACCUAUCGUGGAUUCGUCUCAAGAUUGGCAGCUUCUUUAUGCAAAAGAGGAUAGUUGUAGAACUUUAUUAAAAAUGGUCCGGAAGUUAGAUACUUGUGAUGAUAAAGACUUUAAAAUCACGGAUGAUACUGUGAAGAUAAUUUAUUCAUACCAUCAGACUGAUCCUGUAAGUCAUGACAGCAUUAUGUAUCAUGGGGUCAACCGAGGAGUCAAAAGUCUUUUGCUUCUGUCCAAAUUAUCUCCUCCAAUACUAGAGAGUGAUUCCAAAGUCAUCGAUUUUUUCAACAAUAACUACCACGUCCCUGCUGUUGACACAACCUACAGCUGCCGAAUCUUUGACUUGUCUACUCUUCACAAAAAGCAUCAUCUCACUAAGUUCGAGGUAAUUGUACAGAAGGGCCAUGAUGUUUUGGUGCACCAUAUUGUACUCUACAAAUGUCCAGGAAUCAACCGAAGCCUUAUCCAUUCCUCAAAUUAUGUAUGUUACAAGGAUCUUGAUAAAUCCAAACAUCCAUGUGGUAAAACCGUGGCCAUCUGGGCCGUAGGUGGAGAGGCGUUCUAUUUCCCUGACGAGGCCGGACUUCCAGUGGCUGAACCCGGAGACACGGAUCUGUACAUCAUGGAAACACACUACAACAACCCGGGACUAAGAAAUGAUUUGGUGGAUAACUCUGGGUUACGGUUGACCGUGACCCCUACCCUUAGGCUUCAUGACGCUGGUAUUUUGGAAAUUUCUGCGGUGGUUGACCAGAGUCAAGUGAUUCCUCCUCAUCAACCCAAUUUUGUUUCAACUGUCUUCUGUAACGAAUCCAUCUUACACCAGGGUCUUAAAGAUUUUCCAAACGGUGUCCGUGUCUUCGGUGUCCAGCAACAUGCCCAUCUACUUGGCAAGGCGAUAAAAACACGGCUAAUUCGAGGUGGAGUGGAGCAAAAACCGCUAGUAGACGACAGACAUUAUGACUUUAAUUAUCAGGAGUUCCGACGAACAAACAGAACACUGAGAGAUGGCGACAGAAUUAUUUUGGAGUGUACAUAUGACUCCACUGGACGAACCAAUGUAACAUACGGAGGAUUUUCUACAAGUGAAGAAAUGUGCAUUUCCUCCUUAUUCCACUAUCCACGUACAAGACUGUAUAACUGCCUGAGUAAACCGCUGUAUGACAGAUUUCAUCACAAUACUGAGAAUCAGAAGGGUCUGUUUGCGUCAUUGGCAUCUGAGUUUAAUGCCUUCGAUUGGAAGAACUCAACUAUUUUCCAAGAGUUUAAUGAUAGUCUGGCUAGUGACUCUUAUCUCUACAUUUACGGGCACGAAAAAAAUAUGUAUAAUUACAGUGUCUUCCACCCCCAGACUAUGUAUCCGAAAGUGCCUUACACAGAACCUAUAGACACAAUCUGUACAGUUUAAAACAGACUUUUUGUUUUAAAUUUUAAUUAGACUAAGUAAUGUUGAUAUUUUAUAUGUUUAUUUCUUGAUUUGAUUAAAUAAUUAUAUGCAUUGAAUAA